CGCGUCACAUACAACAGAUUCGACUUUGUCCUCGCUCUCUGGCACUCUCCCUCCUCCUCCUCCUUCAUCAUCAUCUUCAUCAUUGCAAUCGUCAUCGUCUUCUACGAUGAACUCACCGAGUCUGGUCUUAGCUACAACGGCCGUGGCUGCUGUCUCCACCACCGUCCUGUUUCUUGCUUUUUCCUGGCAUAAACGCCCCUUCCCCGACCAAGAACCUCUGCCCCCUGAGCAAAUCCUGCGAUCUUGCUUAUGUUCAGAUGGAAAAAAGAAGGAAAGAAAGAAGAAGAAGAAGAAGGUGCGAUUUGCCGCUGACGUGAAGGAGCCAAGAGGGAAUGGGGAUGAGUUCAGGACGAAGAUGAAGAACAUCAGAAAAUCAAGUCCUGUCGAGAGAAGUUGCAGGACCGAAGUUCCUGCAAACAGAAUCGCCUUGUACAGUGGAAUCCUCAGGGAUCGAGCCAACCGGAUGGAGUGCUCGCACUGACCAAUUUAGUUUCAACAACUUCAAUCAUCUUCCCUUUCUUUUCACUUUUGGGUGUACGAUCUAACUCCAGUUCGUCUUUGAUUUUCAUGUUCUUCCCCUCUGUUCGCCCGUGGCAAACAGACGUGUGGCUCUGAAAACAGAGAAAGAAUAGGGGCACAAGGUUCUCCUGUGGAAAGAAAAGAUCUGGGCCUUUUUUAUGUGGAUGUAAAUAACGUUUGCGAUGACUUUAAAAAUGAAGAUUAUUUUUCCU